AUGUCGAAAUACAGUGUGAUGGGCUACGAACCCGCACUAGUGCUGGUGGCCACGUUGAUAGCGAUAAUGGCCGUGUCCGUGGUCGCCGUGCCAGCCGCUCACCACCUGCACCACCACUCAGGCGGCCACCACCGGAUGAUGUCAAGCGGCGGCGCGGCCGGGUCGUCGUCACCGUCGUUGUCGGGCAUCGAUCACCCGCUCAGCAAGCGGUCGUUCUUCGACAUCCAAUGCAAGGGCGUGUACGACAAGACGAUAUUCGCCAGGCUGGACAGGGUGUGCGAAGACUGUUACAACCUGUUCCGGGAACCACAGCUCCACUCACUGUGCAGGAAAAAUUGCUUCACGACAGAUUUUUUCAAAGGAUGUCUGGACGUGCUCCUGCUCGAGGACGAAGUGGAAAAGAUACAGAAGUGGAUUAAACAGUUGCACGGGGCCGAUCCUGUCGGGGUUAGGGCUUAG